CUUAGUUCCAUUACACCUUAACCUUGGGUUAGUAGUACUUGGUUAUCCCCUCUAGUUAACUUCCAAUCGCAUUACCCAGACCAGGGCACGCCAACUUGUUCCCUCCAACAUUCGCUAUUUUGCUGCCUGGACUCUUCUUUCGUGUCGACGUCGUCAGCAGCAACUAAAUCUACGGCAAUUCGUCCUGCGGUUCCAAUACCGCUUCCUCUCGAUACUCGUGCUCCCUUGCGAAUGUUCCAGUGUCGCAGCUUACGAGGCUCGCGCGAAGGGUUUCCCACUUGAUCUGAACGAUCGCGACGGCUUUAAAUUAUCGCAAACAGACCGAGCGAGACCGGACACGGACACGGAGACGACGCAAAUACAAUGGCUUCCGCAAAGCUCGUCGGAAUGGGCUUCCAGCUCCUUAAACGAGCGACCGACGAAGAGAGCGAUCCUGAGGGUGCGUUUUCCCAUUCGAAAAGAGACAAUUCACCACAAGAUAUACUGACGAUGGCCUCCAGAGGGCGACUCUGCCCAGAAGGAAUUGUUCGCGGCGUGGGCGCUCUUCAUCUCGAUUAUGCUGCUCAUCAUUGCUUUCUUCACAAGCUAUAUGCUGCAGAUGAAGAAGGUUACUGCUAUACACGAAACGGUUAUAUCAAUCUUUGCUGGAAUGGUUGUCGGGCUUGUCUUGAUGAUAGCUUCUGGCGACUCUAUUCGCAACAUGAUCAGUUUCGACUACCAAAUCUUCUUCAACCUUCUUCUGCCGCCUAUUAUCCUAUCCUCGGGCUAUGAGCUACAUCAGGCCAACUUCUUCCGCAAUAUUGGCACCAUCUUGACCUUUGCCUUUGCUGGCACCUUUCUGUCGGCUGUCGUUAUUGGCCUGAUCCUGUACAUCUUUACACUCCUCCCCGGAUCGUUGGGCAUGACUUUUGUCGAUGCGAUUUCCGUGGGCGCAACUCUCUCCGCUACUGACCCUGUCACUAUUCUCGCAAUCUUCAACACCUACAAGGUUGACCCCAAACUGUAUACCAUCAUCUUUGGAGAGUCGAUUCUCAAUGACGCUAUCGCCAUUGUCAUUUUCGAAACUGCGCAGAAGUACAAGAAGGGCGAGGCUGCUAAUCUUGGCAUCGUCAGCUUCUUCGAAGGCACAGGAAUCUUUCUGCUCGUCUUCUUCUGCAGCAUGUUUAUUGGCUUCAUUGUUGGCGUGGGCACUGCUUUGCUGCUCAAGUUUACCUACCUUCGCCGUAUUCCCAAGAUUGAGAGUUGUUUGAUCGUCUUGAUCGCCUACGCCACUUACUUCUUCUCUCACGGCCUUCAUAUGUCUGGUAUCGUGUCGUUACUUUUCUGCGGUAUUACACUCAAGCACUAUGCCUAUUUCAACAUGUCACGCCGCACUCAACUCACCACCAAGUUCAUCUUCCAGAUCUUAUCGCAGUUGUCUGAGAACUUCAUCUUCAUUUACCUGGGACUGGCUUUGUUCACAGACAACAACCUCUCAUUCCAGCCGCCUCUUAUCAUUGUCACCAUUCUGGCUGUCUGUGCUGCCAGAUGGGUCGCUGUAUUCCCUUUGUCCAAGGCUAUUAACUGGUUCAUCCGAUAUCGCGCCAGCAGACGCGGCCAAGAGGUUGGCGAUGAGCUGCCUUAUAACUACCAGGCCAUGCUCUAUUGGGCUGGCCUCCGUGGAGCUGUCGGCGUUGCGCUGGCUGCUCUGCUCACCGGCGACAACGCGCCCGCACUUAGAGCUACUGUUCUGGUUGUUGUCGUGCUUACUGUCAUCAUUUUUGGUGGUACGACCGCUCGAAUGCUUGAGAUCCUGGGUAUUCGGACCGGUGUUGUUGAGGAAGUUGACAGUGACGAUGAGUUCGAUAUCGAGACCUUUGGCGGAGGCCUUCAGGUCAAGCGUUCAGGAACGGGGAUCGGAUAUAAUCCUCGCCGGAAUGGCAGCGUUGCCCUUGGCAGUCUCGAGGCUGGCCAGUCUGCUAGUUAUGUCUCAGGCGCCUCGUCUCCGCACACUGGUGGCCGCCCUGCUAGCAAGAGUCGAAAGAACUCUAUCCCAGAGCGAUCCGAUCUCCUUCGCCAUAACGACGAUUCCGACAUUGGUAGUGAUAUUGACGUCUCCGACCUGCCCCCGCCAGCGCGACGAUCACCACUGCCACGGGCUAGCACAGCUCCUCCAUCUCGAGUAGACAGUGCAUAUGCAACUCCCACGGCAGAGGCCCCUGGUGGCCAACCUAUAACAGCAACCAAUGCCCUCCGACAACUCUGGUCCUCGGAAGAUCCGGCCAGCGUGUUCCACCAUCUAGACGAGGACUUCAUCAAGCCCAGGCUACUGCUCCAAGGUGAUGGCUCUAGGGGCGGGCACGGUGGACCAAGCUGAGUGAGACAUAGUGAAUGAUGGAUAUUCAUGAGAUUCCCGCGUCGAGGCGGGCUGUAUCAUCUUAUGUGCAUGAACGGCGUUGGGUUUCAUUAGUAUAGACAUGGCAUGGAUGUUAAGAUAAAUGAUGUGUUUAUUCUAUCUUCUUGUGCUCGUAUUUCCUAUUCAUCGUCUCACUUGUGGAUGCGCGACACGGUGAACACUAUUGCAUAUGAGGGUGGUGUGUUUUUUUAAUCGCCUUGAACAGACGAUGACUUCGAGGCUUAGCGUAAUGACACGCCUAUUUGACGCCUCGAAGAAUUAAUAAAAUGUAUCUACAGA